AUGUCCCAAGGACUCUUCCAUGGGGCCAUCAUGCAGAGUGGAGUGGCCCUGGCACCUGGCUUAAUCACCAGCUCCUUUGAGGAGAUUGUCAAGAUGGUGGCCAACCUGUCUGCCUGUGAGCAGGUGGACUCAGAGGCCCUGGUGCACUGCUUAAGGGGCAAGAAUGAAGAGGAAAUGCUGGCUAUUACCAAGGUCAAGCUGCAUGAUGAGGUCCUCCCCAAACACAGCUGGUGUGGUGGAUGGGGUCUUCCUACCCAGGAACCCAAGGAGCUACUGGCCUCUGCUGACUUCCACCCAGUUCUGAGCAUCAUUGGUGUCAACAAUGAUGAGUUUGGCUGGCUCCUCCCCGUGAACUUGCCUGCUGAGUGUGCAAACCUGCUGAUGGAAGAGUACAUGGGGGACACCGAGGACCCCCAGACCCUCCAAACCCAGUUCCAAGACAUGAUGGGGGACUUCAUGUUCGUGAUACCUGCACUGCAAGUAGCACAUUUGCAGCGUUCCCAAGCCCCCGUCUACUUCUAUGAGUUCCAACAUCCUCAUGGCCUGAUACAGAGCCUCAGGCCUCCGCAUGUGAGAGCCGACCAUGGCGAUGAGGUUGACUUUGUCUUCGGGUCUUCCUUUUGUGGCACCAGCCCUGGCUUCUCUGAGGCAGAGGAGCUCCUGAGCAGGAGGAUGAUGAAGUACUGGGCCAACUUUGCCCGGAAUGGGAACCCCAACAGUGAGGACCUGCUCCAUUGGCCUAUGUUUGACCAGAAUGAGCAGUACCUACAGCUGGACAUCCAUCCUGCCGUGGGCCAGGCCCUGAAGGCCUCCAGGCUGAAGUUCUGGACCAAGACCCUGCCCCAGAAGAUCCAGGAACUCAACGGAGCCUCACAUCUGAGUAUCCUCUCCCACUCCAGAUCCAGCAUGAGACUUUGCCAGGGGCCUGUGGAAGAGAAGGCAACAGGAACUUGUGCCGAGUGUGCUCACCUGCUGAUAGAACAGUACAUGAGGGACACCAAGGACCCCCAGACCCUCCAAACCCAGCUUCAAGACAUGAUGGGGGAUUUUAUGUUUGUGAUGCCUGCACUGCAAGUAGCACAUUUUCAGUGUUCCCAUGUCCCUGUCUACUUCUAUGAGUUCCAACAUCCUCACGGCCUCUUCAAGGACCUCAAGCCCCUGCAUGUGAGGGCUGGCCAUGCUAAUGAGGUUGACUAUGUCUUCAGUGGAGGAUUUGAAGGUAUGAAGGUCCUAACUGACUUUUCUGAGGAGCUACUGAGAAGAAGGAAAAUGAAGUACUGGGCCAACUUUGCCCAGAAUGGGAACCCCAACAGUGAGGAUCUGCUCCACUGGCCCAUGUUUGACCUACAGCUGGACAUCCAUCCUGCCAUGGGCCAGGCCCUGAAGCCCUAG